AAUUCGGAGCCUGAGGUUUAAGAAAACAAACACUUUACUCUUUUUAUUCUAUUCUAUUCCCCUUUCUCUUCUUCUCUUCUUUCUCUAGGGUUUUAACCUUAGGGUUUCAGUGUUGUUUCACUCACUCUCUCUCUCUCUUCCGGCAUAGCUUUGGCAUGGAUAGGUACCAGAAAGUGGAGAGGCCUAAGCCUGAGUCUCCCAUCAAUGAGAACGAGAUCCGAAUCACGACGCAGGGCGCUAUUCGCAACUACAUCACCUAUGCCACUUCGCUUCUUCAGGAAAAGCAUGCAAGAGAGAUUGUUUUGAAGGCAAUGGGACAAGCAAUCAGCAAGACAGUUGCCAUUGCAGAGAUUUUAAAGAAGAGAAUUCCCAAGCUGCACCAAGAUACUGGCAUCAGCUCAGUUAGCAUUGUAGAUACGUGGGAACCCAUUGAAGAGGGUCUUGUACCUGUGGAAAUGACUCGACAUGUCUCUAUGAUCUCAAUCACCUUAUCAACUAGAGAAUUAAACAAAAAUUCUCCUGGGUAUCAAGCUCCAAGUAAUGUGGAACAACCAAAGCCACACUCCAAUUACCAGCAGCAAUCUAUAAAACCAGCACAGGUUCAUAAUGCUGUAAAUGAAGACUUGUAUGGAAGAGGUCGAGGUCGGGGUCGGGGGAGAGGUAGAGGAAGGAAUUGGGGAAGGGGUGGUUAUGGCUAUCAAGGUGGUUAUGGAAAUUAUCAAGGAUACGGGUAUUACCAGGGGGGGUAUGGAAAUUAUCAAGAUAAUGGUGGGUAUUCAAAUCGUGGACGGGGUGGUGGGCGAGGUAGAGGUUGGGGGUAUCGUGGUACUGGUUAUGAAGGCGGCAGGGGUGGUGGUUAUGAAGGUGGCAGGGGUGGUGGUUAUGAAGGCGGCAGGGGUGGUGGUUAUGAAGGUGGCAGGGGUGGUGGAUAUGAAGGCGGCAGGGGUGGUGGUUAUGAAGGUGGCAGGGGUGGUGGAUAUGAAGGUGGAAGAGGUGGUGGAUAUGAAGGCGGAAGAGGUGGUGGUUAUGAAAGAGGCAGGGGUGGAGGAAGGGGUUAUGGGCGUGGUAGGGGCCGAAUGGGUGGACGUACAAGGGGUGGCGGCGGCAGCAACCAGGCAUGAUUGCAAAGGGUGCUAUUGUCAUUCUUGCUAAAUGCUUGCCUUGACAGUGGGGUUAAUGUUUUUAGAAUACUGUGUUGAUAGUGUGAUGUGGCUCAUGAUCCAGCAUUAUUAAGCAGUAUUUUAUGUUUUUGUCAUGAAAUUGAAAUGGGUCAGGUUUUGUUCAUCUUUAGAUUUAGUUGCAAAGCAUCUUGGUUUUAUGAUUGCUGUAAUUCAUUUCAACUUUUUAUGGUUGCCAACACCAUAUUUUUAUCUGUAUCUGGUUUAUAUAUGUUUUUUCUUUUAAUCAAAAGUUGCUUUUCCUUUGAUAAACUUGCGGGGUUUAAAUCAAUAGCAGACACGUAUUUUUAACA